AUGUUGGAGAAACACGGAGGAGAGCGUCGCAAAAAGACAAAGAUUUAUACGUCGGCGCAGCAGGCAAAGUUGCUGGCAUCCGACGCCCCCAUACCGGUCAUGCUCGAGUCCGACCUCCUAGUCUUCCCCCUGUGGUCCAAGUACGGUUUGGCCGCGAUUUUUACGAGCAAAGCGGAAUGCAACUCGUGUAGUGCCUUACGAUUUUUUCGCGUCGCGAUGUGCAGGUCGGAUAUCGACGAGCCGCUGUGUAGCAUUAUCGUGUUUUUCAAGCCGAACGACUUGCAGAACGAGGACAGAGAGGGCUGCGCUACUCGACUCAUCCAUAUUGACCCGGGCAUGGGACCUGACGGGCACGCCGCGAAGGUGCACGAGAUUCUCACGUGGUUCAAGUCCUCUUUCGAGAGGUAUGCAAAACAGGACAAGGAGCCCAGCCUUAAACUGGCGCAUCCGCGGGACCUUACCUCGAUUGAUGAUUCGCGGUGCGGAUUAGGCGUGAAGUGCGUCUACGGGUUCCAGCGCUUGCUCACGGAAUUCGUGGCUCUGGCGAAGAUUUCCGACGCUCCGGUCCGUGCCGUGGCGAACAAGAAUCUGAAAGCAACUCGCGGCCAUAUUCUGAAGCACGCGCAGGACAUCGCUAUCAAGAUGAGCAUCUCCGACCAGGCCGGAGGGUCCGGAGAGACGUCAGGCCGGCGACACGCGGUUGAGACCAGGCACGAUGAGCCCGAAGACGAGGAAUAUCUGGAAGCAGUGGGCGGGGAAGAAACCGAGGGGGCGGGUGAAGGGGAUGACGACGGUAACGCGGGUGAAGGGGAUGACGACAGCAAGGACGGUGAGCAGCGAGACCGCAAUGCCGCCGCUGCUGCUGCCACCGAGAAGGCCACGGUUGACACUCACGAUCGGACUGCCGCAGCAAAAACCGCGCGAACCAAGACCUCGGCCCAGGAACCCUCCGCGCCUCAAGAGCAGCCUGCUGCUGGCGCGAACGAGGAGUCGAAUAUUCCGCGCCACACGUUAUCCGAGCUGCUGAAAUGGCCACUGUCAACGCUCACGCACGAGGUGCUCCGGCUGGAAGGUGCUCUGGAUGAUUCGAUUCAGGCUCGGUACGACUUGGAUCACGCCCUCAAGGUUCAGCGCAAUCGGAUUCGCGGCCUUCUGAAUGAUCUUCAAGUCCAGAAGGACAAUCUGGACGCGGCCAUUACGAGGACGGCCAACAUCGCAACGCGGUUUCAAGAGGCCGAGGAAAAAUGGGCGCGGACAGUCGAGGGCUUGGUCCAGGAGCUAAGGGUUGAGCGUGGGUCUGCGACUGUGCAGCGCGAAGCCGCGGACCGUACGCUCCAUAGGUUGGAGGACACCAUGGUGGGACUGAGGGCCCUGAUUGCGGAUUCGAUUUCGGAGGCGGUGGCGCGAACGCGUUACGAGAUCGCCCCGUGGGGAAGGAUGGGGACGUUCGAGGCAGGUGUGGCGACCGCCGCGGACCAAGGAGGGGGAGGCAUCAGGUUGGCCACCGCACCCUUGCGCAUGGAACCCGCGGAAGCAACUGGGAGUGAGGAUCGUGGAUCGAAGAGGCCACCAGGGUUACCGACCCCCCGUUCACCCUCGCCGCCCUCCAAGAGGGUGAAGGGAUCGUCCGAGCAACCGGAGGCCCGAGAACCUGGCCGCGGGAGCUUGGCUCAGAAGUCCAAGGCCGCGGUUGCGCCUGUGAAGGGGGCCUCGGCGAUCGCGUUUGGAACUGGGGGGCGUCCACCGGCUGGAGCUGCCGCGAUCCAGCAAGCUUUUGUGCCCUUGCUACAGGGCGCAGAGGAAACCCCUGACGCAGAUGCGGAGGCAACGGCGGCCAUGCAACAGUGGCUGUCCAUGGUUCAGCACACAGAGAAGGCGGACGUGAAGGGAAGCGCGAAAGGAAAGGAGGAUCCGAAAUGGGGUGUUGGUAUUCGGAAGAACACGCGUGGCUUGUUCACCUUGGAGCUUCACCAUUCGUCACGGUGGUACUUUGGUUCCCACACUAAGCUCCCUUCCGUGCGGUUUCUGUGCGUGGUGGCACAGAUGGUGUGGAAUCAGCAGAUUCCCGAGGACAAGCUGGUUUUGACAGACGAUGAAGAAGAGGAGUGGACCCCGGAUCUUGAUGUGGCGCGGAUUAUGCACCCUGGAGUUUUCGCGGUGCUUUAUCUGCGAUGUGCCUGCGCGAGCCCCGAAAGGUUUCGAGCUGUGAUCUCACGAUACAAGACUUUGAAGGACGAAAACGCGGAAGCGAGCGACGAGGUCGCCUUCUCUGCUGCGGUUGGACUUGAGACCGUGGCAGACGAGUCACCCGCGAAGGGCAAGAAAUCUGUGCCCGCUGAAGCUGGGGGUGUGGCGUUUGUUUGCGCUGUUGCCUGGAUGGAGUGUAAGGGAUUUGAUCGAAAGACCGCGGAAGCGAGCGCGAAAGAGGCCGCGCUGCUAGCAGGAGCGAACAAUCUGGGCGUGGUUCUUUACCUCGCGGUUUGGAAGCAUAUCGUUACGGCAGCGACGAAGGGACAUGAUGCUGCUAAGAUCGAGCUCAAGGUCGCGAAAUAUUUCGAGAACGCGAAGAAAGUCGCUAUCACGAAAGAAGAGAAGAGCAUCAUUCACGAGCAGGUGGACGUGCUGAGAACCUGGAGCUUCGACCCAGAUGCCGCUAAGAAGAUGCGGGCGCUGGGUCUGUAUAUCGAGUGCGGUGACGAUCGCGCGAAGGCCAAGAAUCGUGACGUUAGCCGGUCGCGUGGAAAAAAGGCUGCCGCGAAAUCGGCUGACGAAGAGGGAGGCUCCCAGCCGAUUGUUGAUCUUGACAAAGAGGAGCAGGAGGAGUCUUGA